GGGGUAGAUGCCGGGGAUGUAACUCUGGAGUACAUUGACGCCCACUGAGGUGGCAAAUUUGAGCACCUGGACAAAUCGUCGAAUUCUCAGGUUCGUUUUCUUCAAUUGCUUCAACCCCAAUUCCAUUCUACCGAGCAUUCACCUCACUGGACAGGAAUGGGGCUCAGCGAGCAGUCUGCUGCGGACAGCCCUGGUGCCGGAGGAUUGUUGUUGCGCAAUUGCAAUGUCAUUAGUAUGCACGAUGAUGAUGCUGAAGAGGCUCAAGUGGCUAUGGGAGUGCACGUCUUGGUUCAAGGCAAACGGAUUUCAUACGUCGGGCACUCUCCUCCCCCCGUCUCUGUAUCUCAGACGAUAGACAUCCAGGGAGGCUACAUAAUACCAGGGCUGUGCGAUGCUCAUGUCCAUGUGACCGCGGUGUCAGCCAACCUGCAUGACUUGCUCGUACUGCCACCUAGUCUGGUGACCGCACGCACUACGAUCAUUCUUCGCGACAUGUUGAUGCGUGGUUUCACCACCGUGCGGGAUGCAGGGGGCUGCGACUGGGGACUUGCGAAGGCAGUGGAGGAAGGGACGAUCCCAGGACCGCGCAUAUUGUUUUGUGGAGGCGCACUUUCACAAACAGGUGGGCAUGGCGAUAUGCGACUCCGCGGAGAAGACAGGGUACCCAGCUGUUGUCCGAUAUCCCUGGGAAGAGUGUGUGAUGGGGUUGACCAAGUUAGGUUGGCCGCUCGGGAAGAGCUUCGUAGAGGUGCUCACCACAUCAAGAUUAUGGCAUCUGGUGGAGUUUCCUCACCAACUGAUUUCCUUACUAACCUCCAGUUCUCCGCAGACGAAAUAUCAGCCAUUGUAGAGGAAGCUCGUCAUGCGGGCAAAUAUGUGUGUGCUCAUGCGUACACUGCACCUGCGAUCAAGCGUUGCCUAGAGUUGGGCGUCCGCUCCAUUGAACACGGCAAUCAUAUCGACCUGGAGUGCAUAGAUCUUAUGAAGCGGAGGAAUUUCUUUCUGGUGCCCACCUUAGUGACUUACGAUUGUAUAAAGCGAAUUGGUGAGGAAUCUGGAAUGCCUCAGGAUCAAGUUGAAAAGGUUAGUGAUCUCCUUGCCAAAGGAUUAGAAGCGCUAGCAUUAGCAGAUAAGGAAGGAGUGAACAUAUGUUUCGGAUCUGACCUAUUGGGUUCCAUGCAUAAGUACCAGUUACAAGAGUUUUCUUUACGGUGUGGAGUUCAAAGUCCUGCUAAUGCGCUCCGGUCGGCAACUACCACCUGUGCAAAAUUGUUCAACAUGGAGGGCGACAUUGGGAUAGUAGCUCAGGGGGCCUAUGCAGACCUCGUAGCUCUCAAGACCAAUCCCUUGCUUGACAACUUCUCGUCUCUUUUAGAUCCUUCCCAUGUACUCAUGGUGAUGAAAGAAGGCAACAUUGUCAAGAGGACGAAUCUGUAACAUUGUAAUAACUAAAAUAAUGCAAGGGACCUACAAGUAUGAUUGAGGAUCUCUUUCACUUGGAACAA